GUUCGGCGGAGAGCGCACCCUCCCUCCCUCUUCUUCCCUCUGCGUGGCUCCGAGUGAGCGCGUUUGCUUCUUCCGGCGGAGGAUGGUGGGCGCGGAGGGCGGCGAAGUCGAGGGCGGCUGGAGCGUGUCCUUCGCGGGCUGCGGCUUCCUGGGGGUCUACCACAUCGGCGCCGCCACCUGCCUCCAGGAGCGCGCUCCGCACCUCAUUCGCGACGCCCGACGCAUCUACGGGGCCUCUGCGGGGGCCCUCACCGGCGCCGUCCUCAUCGGAGGCGGCUCUCUGGCUGAAGCCUGUGCAGAUGUUUUGGGUUUAGCCAAAGAAGCAAGAAAGCGAAAUCUUGGCCCUCUUCAUCCAUCCUUCAAUGUGAUGAAAAUAAUAAGAGAUGGACUCUGCAAAAAUCUUCCAGAAAACACUCAUCAGUUGAUAUCAGGAAAGCUUCGGAUUUCACUUACCAGAGUGUCUGAUGGCAAAAAUGUAUUGGUAUCCAACUUUAAAUCGAAAGAAGAAGUUGUGCAGGCUUUGCUUUGUAGUUCAUUUGUGCCAAUAUAUUGUGGCCUUAUUCCACCUUCAUUUAGAGGAGUGCGUUAUGUGGAUGGUGGAAUAAGUGACAACUUACCUCAGUAUAACUCAAAGAAUACCAUCACAAUUUCGCCUUUCUCUGGAGAGUGUGAUAUUUGUCCCAAGGGAAACUCUGCAAACUUCCAUGAAAUGAAUUUAACUAACACUAGCAUUCAAUUCAGCUUAGGGAACAUCUAUCGUUUAACUCAAGCUCUUUUCCCCCCAGAACCUAAGAUACUUGGAGAAAUUUGUGAGCAAGGAUAUUCAGAUGCUCUUAGGUACCUGAGAGAAAAUGAUAUACUGCAGGAUUCAGUCUUUGUUGACUUGUCUUUAACAAAGCAAGGCCGUCGGGAAUAUGUGCAGAUACCAAAUUACAUGGAUAAACCCCCCAUUGAACUGUAUCAAGGAAAAAAAGAAAUGGAAGAUGAAGAAAUGCUUAUGGAGCAGCUAAAAUUAUCAGCUUGGCCACUGGAUAAAACCAUUUUUGAGAAACUACCACCAAGACUUCGCAAAGCAUUGCAGGAAGCUUGUAAAGAAAAAUGUGGACUGUACGCCCAUCUUUCUAAAUUUCUACCAAUGCGACUGAUGUCCUAUAUGAUGCUGCCAUAUACCCUGCCAGUUGAGUCAGCAUAUUUUGUGGCUUUGAGAUUAGUUGAUUGGUUUCCUGAUAUUCCUGAUGAUGUGCGAUGGAUGCAAGAGCAACUCAGUCAAAUUAUGGGUACGGUGUAUUCCAAAGCAAGGGAAAGACUACUAAGCAUUCCCAGUAAAGAAAGUAAUACGGUACUUCGAAAAUGCCAGACUGCGCCAGUGAACACAAGUCUUCUGUCAUCCUCUUGCCCGCCUAAAAUAUCCCAUUCUUCUACACAUCUUGAAGAGUGGCUCUGGGAUCUUCCCUACUGUGAAGAAUCAGCUAAGAAGGAACUUGCAGAUGGUUUAAGUGAAGGAUUUUCCUCUAUUCCUCCCUUUUUCAUAAAUUCUGAAGAAUCUGGGGUGGAAGUAGAUUUUGACUCCUCCUCUGAGAAGAGCUUCCAGACUGCUUCUGAAGACUAAUUCAUGAACACAGCAUCAGAUAAGCAAAUUUCAGCGGAGGAGACACAUUUUCUCCUAACAUCUUGCCAAACAAUCUCUUGGAAGACUUUGUUUACAAUAGAUGAUUAAUUGCCUUGGAGGAAUCGUGUGGAAAGAUCAAUGUGCAGUUCUGGUCUAGAUUCCUGAUAACAGUUUUAGGAUUAAAAAGAUCCUAGUGCAAUAGAUCAUUGCCCAAAACACAAUGUUUCAGCAGGAAAAAAAAUGAAUCCUCUUCUGCUCAUAUUGGGACAAGCACUCUUAGGGAAAAUAUAGCUUUUUACCAUAUUUAACUUUUAAAAUAGAUUUUCUUCUAUUUGUCUAUAAAUGCUGUUAGCACUUAAGGAAAACACUUUGUACUUAAGGGGAUGUCGCAUAUGGGAACAUUUUGGAAGUUUCAAUUGCCUUAUGUUUAAAUAUGUUGCAUGAAUACAAGGUAUUAUCAUCUUGGUUACACUCCCUAUUGCAAGGCAUCCUUCUUUUUCAGAAUCAUCAUGUAGGAGCACUGUUUUUGUCGAAAGAACAUUUGCUUUUCUGUUGAAAGAACAUGUUUGUCCCAGAAUAACUUUGGGAAUUAACAGAAGCUAAAAACUAACCCUGAUUUCAGUAUGAUGGAUAUGUGAUGGACUACUUUAAGGGCUAUAUUAAAUCCCUGUAAACAAGAAUAGAUUUUAUAAUAUCUUAUUUGAGAAGCUAGUUUACAGCCUUUAUUACUUCCGGAAGCAAGUAAGAAAGAAUAUGACUAAAAAUAUCAUCAGGGCACAUAAUUAAUACACAGAUGCUAUGUGGCAUGAAAUAUUGGGAACUCAGAAGGCUUUACUUGCUCUUUGUUAUUAUCAAAAUUACAAGAACUACAGGAAAUGAAUAAAGCAAAACUCUGAAAAGAGAAUUGCAUGAGAAAUCCAUGAAAUAAUCACAGUAGAAAUUCUGUCCUGUGUUUCAUUAAAUUCAAACCAUUUUUAGUCAAGUUUUAUUGACAAAAAUGUCAAAAGGUGCCAAUAUAUUAUUAGCUAGGACCUUAAGUUUCUUGUACCAUAACUGUCAAAAAGAUAAAAUGAAAAAUAUAUGGUUUUUCAUUUUGUUUUAACUUUGAACAGCACAUGUUGGGAAGAUAGCAAAUCAUUUCUCUCUGAAAUAGUUGGUAGCAAUACAUGGUUAUUCUUUGCUUCACAAAUUCAGUGCUUGAAGUGAUAGGAACAUUUAUUUAUGGUGCCAGAUUUCAGUGUUGUUUUCAAAAAUAAGAUCACUGUUGUAAAUACUUGUGUCCUAUCUCUCCCCCCGCCCCCAAAUACUUGUAGGACUGUUUUAAUGCUCUCUUGAAAUAAUUGUGUUAAAUUCUCUUGUUAAAAUAGUCAAAGCAUCAACCAAACAGAAUUUGCCUAGGGGAUUGUUUGUUACCAAUGAGAUUGCUUAUAAACUGGCAAAACACUAAUGCUCAGAUGGGAGCAGGAAAUAUGGUAUUUCAGAUUAUUUUAAUUGUCAACUUUGAGUAAAUUUAAUUUUGUCUAAACAUUUAGGCAGUCUUUUGGUUGUGACUUGCUGAUGAAAACCAAAAGAAGUGCUGCAUUUCUGGAAGAAAUGUAACUACUUUAAAAGGCUCCCCGUGCACUAUAAUAGUGCAGAUUUUGAUUUAUAUAUAAAAAUGUUGGUGCUUUUUGAUCCAAGACCUAUCUUUAACACUUCGUUUUGUUAAAAGUGUUGUACUUACUCUUUCUAAAAUCUUGAUUGUAUUUCUAAAAUGGAUUAAUUGCAGUAUUGUUACAAUUGCUGAUCUUUUUAAAGCAACAAAAUAAACUACAGUUUCACAUGUCUACCUAUAACAGCAAA